AUGCUGCAGCAGCUCUUGAUCACCUUGCCCGCUGAGGCCAGCACCUGGGUAAAGUUGCACCAUCCGAAGAAGGCCAAGGAGGGGGUGCCCCUAUGGGAGGAUGUGACGAAGAUGUUUGAAGGAGAAGCUGUGCUAUCUCAGGGUGCUGAUGAGACCCAGGGAGAAAGUUUAAAGGAUGAAGGGACUUCUGGGGCCCAGACAGCAGAAUUCCAGGAACGGUUGACCUUCAAGGACAUAACUGUGAACUUCACCCAGGAGGAGUGGGGUCAACUGACCCCUGCUCAUCGGAAUCUGUACCGAGAGGUGAUGCUGGAGAACUACAGGAACUUGGUCUCAGUGGCAGGAUAUGAAUUUUCCAAACCUAGGGUGAUUUUCCAGUUGGAGAAAGGAGAAGAGCCAUGGAUAACAGAAAAAGAAGGUCCAGGACAUCCCAGUGCAGAUGUGAAGAGUAAAACAGAAACUGGUACAUUAACUGCAAAGAAUGAUAUUUUACAGGAACAGUUAUAUCAAGGCAUUAUGAUGGAAAGGUUCAUGAGGGAUGAGGUAAUUGAUUCCACAUUGAAAAAAGUCUCCAAAUAUGAGUUAGAAAGGCAUCAGGACACCAAUGGUAGAGAUGUAAGACAAGCCAUCUUGCUCCACAAGAAGAGAGACCAAGAAACUAUCAAAUUUGGGGAAAAUAUUAUGAAUUCAAAUGUUAUUAUAGAUCAGAGGUACUGUAAAUAUGACACACUGAGAAAGAGGAACAAAUACAAAUUAGAUCUGAUUAGUCAUCCAACAAGUUACAUAAGAACAAAAACCUAUGAAUGUAAUAUAUGUGAAAAAAUCUUCAAGCAACCCAUUCAUCUUACUGAACACAUGAGAAUUCAUACUGGUGAGAAACCUUUCAGAUGUAAGGAAUGUGGAAGGGCCUUUAGUCAAAGUGCAUCUCUUAAUACCCACCAGAGAAUCCAUACUGGUGAGAAACCUUUUGAAUGUGAAGAAUGUGGCAAAACCUUCAGACAUCGCUCCUCUCUUAAUCAGCACCACAGAACUCACACUGGAGAGAAACCUUAUGUAUGUGACAAAUGUCAGAAAGCUUUCAGCCAGAACAUUAGCUUGAUCCAACAUUUGAGAACUCAUUCUGGAGAGAAACCCUUUACGUGCAAUGAAUGUGGGAAAACCUUUCGACAAAUUAGACACCUAAGUGAACAUAUAAGAAUUCAUACUGGAGAGAAGCCCUAUGCAUGCACUGCAUGUUGUAAAACCUUUAGUCAUAGAGCGUAUCUAACACAUCAUCAGAGAAUCCAUACUGGGGAGAGACCGUACAAAUGUAAAGAAUGUGGGAAAGCCUUUAGGCAGAGGAUCCACCUUAGCAACCAUAAAAUUGUUCAUACAGGAGUGAAAGCAUAUGAAUGCACACGGUGUGGAAAAGCCUAUAGACAUGAUUCAUCCUUUAAGAAACAUCAGAGACAUCACACUGGAGAAAAACCUUAUGAAUGUAAUGAAUGUGGAAAAGCCUUCAGCUAUAAUUCAUCACUUACUCGGCACCAUGAAAUACACAGGAGGAAUGCCUUCAGAAAUAAUGUAUAA